GACGAGCGAACUACUCUACCUACAUACGCCUGGCCGGAGGAGGCGGAGGAGGAGAGAGGAUGGAGCCGAGGAUGAUCUCAGAGGAGGAGGACGCUGCCUCUCCUCCCCAGUGAAGCCGUCAUUCAUUUCAUCCCGCGUCUUUAAGCCGCCGCUGCCGUCUGUGUGAUUUCAUACACAAUAUUCACAAACCUUUCACGUUUGUACCGCGCCCGGUGUUCGAACCGAGCGCCCGCCACCGCCGUCUGCAGCCAUGUCGGACUCGGAGGACAUGACGGAGUUCGCCAGCAUCGUGGAGCGCAUCGAGCGAGGCGAGGUUCCGAUCAAAAACAUCGAGCGGGAGCUGAUCUGCCCCAUCUGCAAGGAGCUCUUCACCCACCCGCUCAUCCUGCCCUGCCAGCACAGCAUCUGCCACAAGUGCGUGCGAGAGCUGCUGAUGCUCAACCACGACGACUCCUUCGACGCCGGCUCCGAGUGCUCGCUGCCGGGCAGCCCCCGGUCCCGCGUGCCGUCCCCGUCCAUGGAGCGGCUGGACCGGCUGGUGCGAUCAGGUCCUCGGAAGCGGAGCGGACACUCCGGCUUGCAAACGGAGCUAAAUCCAGCACUCCUCGCUUCCCCCGUCCCCCACAAACGCUCCAUCUCGUCCCCGGGGUGGCGCCGAGGCUCCGUGACCCCCCGGGUCACCACCAUCCCCUGCCCCGGCUGCCAGCACGACAUAGACCUGGGCGAGCGCGGCAUCAGCAUGCUGUUCCGCAACUUCACCCUGGAGAGCAUCGUGGAGCGCUACCGGCAGGCGGCGCGGGCGGCCGUGGCCAUCAUGUGCAACCUCUGCAAGCCGCCGCAGCAGGAGGCCACCAAGAGCUGCAUGGACUGCAAGGCCAGCUACUGCAACGAGUGCUUCAAGCUGCACCACCCCUGGGGCACGCCCAAAGCUCAGCACGAGUACGUGGGCCCCACAACCAACUUCAGGCCCAAGGUGCUCAUGUGUCCGGAGCAUGAAAUGGAGAAGGUGAACAUGUACUGCGAGGUGUGCAGGCGGCCGGUGUGUCACCUGUGCAAGCUGGGAGGCUCCCACGCCAACCACAAGGUCACGUCCAUGAGCAGCGCCUACAAGAUCCUCAAGGAGAAGCUGGCCAAGAGUAUCCAUUACCUCAUCAGUAAAGAGGACCAGGUCAGGACUCAGAUUACUGAUCUGGAGCAGCUCAUCAGUCAGACCGAGGAAAACGGCCAGUUAGCAGAGCGCCGCGCCAACGAGCACUUCGAGCGUUUGUUCGAGACUCUGCAGGAGAGAAAGUCCGAGAUGCUGAGGUCCAUCGAGCAGUCCCGAAACCGGCGCCUGGACCAACUCAAGGGCCAGGUGGAGGAGUACCAGGGCAUGCUGGAGAACAGUGGCCUGGUGGGCUACGCUCAAGAGGUCCUGAAGGAGACCGACCAGUCCUGUUUUGUGCAGACGGCCAAGCAGCUGCACGUCAGGAUCCAGAAGGCCACAGAGUCCCUGCGCACCUUCCACCCAGCUGCCGACCCCUGCUUCGAUGAGUUUGUGCUGGACACAUCGCGAGAAGAAACUCUGAUCAAAGAAAUGUGCUUUGGUGGAGUCCCAGAUCCACCUCUGAUCGACCUGUCCACCAGCAGAGUCUACAACGAGGCCUCCAUCAGCUGGAGGCUGUCUGACGACCACCUGCCCACGGAUCGCCACGUGCUCGAGUACCGCAGGCUCGGAGCCCCCGGCCGGUCCCCGGCCCACGAGGACGGCGAGGACAGCGGCGUGUGGCGGGCCACGGACGGCGUGUACGGACCCAGCGCUGUGGUGUUCGACCUGGACCCCGACAGCCUGUACGCCUUCAGGGUCCGCAGCUGCAGGAACUCCAUGUUCAGCCCCUACAGCCCCGAGGUCACCUUCCACACGCCGCCCGCACCCGCCUUCGGAUUCCUAUUCAGUGACAAAUGUGGCUUCAGCACGGAGCGCCUGAUCCUGAACAAGCGCCGGGACACGGUGGAGAGCGUCGCGGGCAUGGCCUUCCUCCUCGCAGCCGACCGCGUGCAGACGGGCAGCUACAUUGGACUGGACUACAUCAUUGGGGACACGGGCAUUUCUCAGGGAAGAUUCUAUUGGGCUUUUAAGGUGGAGCCAUACUCCUACAUGGUUAAAGUCGGCGUGGCCUCUGACUCCAAGCUGCUCGAGUGGUUUCACAACCCCAGAGGGACCAGCAGCCCAAGGUACGACCACGACAGCGGCCACGACAGCGGCAGCGAGGACGCCUGCUACGAGGUCUCGCAGCCCUUCACCCUCCUCACCGUGGGCAUGGGCCGGCUCUUCAUCCCCAAAGCCGCGGGCGACCCCGGCGGCCGCGUGCUGCCCAUGCCCGCGCGCCUGGGCGUGUGCCUGGACUACGACGCGUGCCGCGUGUACUUCUACGACGCCGACGCCAUGCGGUGCCUUUACGAGCGGCAGGUGGACUGCUCCGGGACGAUGUACCCGGCCUUCGGCCUGGUGGGCGGCGGCCGAGUGCAGCUGGAGGAGUUCGUCGCUGCCAAGAGGCUGACCUUCUGACGAGCGCCGGCGCAUCGGGACCCGAGGAUUUAAAUGUGGGCGCGUUCGAGGGAGCGCGCGUGUAAUGUUUGACCCGCGCGGAAAUAUUGGCGUCACGUGAGGCGACGUGGAGGAAUUGGGUCACGCGUGAGAGGUUUUGUCUACAGACCAAAGUCUGUGUUAACUUUAUUUGGUUUUAACUGGACUGUGGUCGGCCGUUAACGUGGCGGCGGUGAUGUUGGUCUGCAGCCACUUUAAAUCCUUGUUUUAGCAGGAAAGGUCCUUAAGCUGAGGCUCGGACAUUUAUCCACGUUAUUUAUUUUUCAGUGUAUUAAUUCUAAUAUUGGGUGUGGGUUUUUUUUUUUUUUUGUUCCUUGGUUUUUCUGUAAUUGUCUAUAUGUAGCAGCAGUGGUUUAGAUGUUGUUUAAGGGGACCUGAGGGAGCCUCGUAGCUACUUUAAAGAUAGCGCCUUCGUGCCUUUUCUUUUUUUUUUUUCCCCUUUUACUAAAAAAUGAGUCGCUUGGUUUGCUCUGCCAAGCAAACGUUGACUUGCACAAACAUUAUAGAAACAAUUAGCUUCAAUACGGUGUGAGUUUUUAAUGUAGGCUGUAGUUUGGUUGAAAACACUGAUGUUCUUGCUGUUAAUGGAAUCCAUUAGAACUUAUUUACUUUAUUACAGAAAACACUACUUUUCCUCUGACACAGUUUUCCAUUCAGCUACUUUUGCACAACGUAAUGAAUGACGCCUUGCACCUAAUUUAAAAAACAAUCACAUUUUGGUCACUACCUAGUUUCUUCACUUUUACAUACAGUCAUCAGCACUGGUUAAUCACACUGACUGUUGCUUUUAAACUGUUCACCUUCACUGACCUGCAGCUCAAUCCUGUAGCUACUCGGGGGUUUUUAAAGCCUCUCACUCUUUAUACUCCUGCACCGGUUGCACAGAGCUGAAUGUGAUUCUCGCAUUUACAACCAACAGGCCGGCGACGCGAAGUCGCCGACGGCCAAAGCUCGUUGGUUCUGGUGCUUAGAUCCGUGCGACACCCCACUUCGCAGCCUUACGACGCCGCCGUCACUCAGGUUCAUCUGACGAGCGCCACCGCGACCACCGCUUGGCGGCUGCACUGUGUCACCCACCGCUUCCUGCAGAGCAGUGGCACCACGCGUAGCACGGCGGCGUCCUGCUGAUGAGAUUGACUGUCAGACAGUUAAGUAGCUGAUUGGCUUUGACUGCAUCCGUCUUAACGGCAGAGCACACGGUCACUGGGGAGCCACGCUUUGCUUGUACAGACCCACAUACAUGUGCCUGCACGUGGGCUCGUCUCUACUUUUGGUUUCUGGAGGCUCAGGGUGACGUGUUGGCGUUUUCUCAGGUUUCUGGUCCCGACUGGGGCGCAGCGCUUCCUACCUCCUAUCAUCUGACCUGGAAAACCUUAACUACUGCACCUGUCCUCGCUGAAACGUGUUCUGUUUGCGUUGCAGCUUUGUUCGUAAGAGUCCGAUUCAUGUCUGCCUUGUCUUAAAUGUCAAAUGAACCUGGUGUCUCAUAAUGGUUGGUUUUACUUUUCAUGUACAUAUUACUGCUGAUUAUUUUCACUGAAAUAAAGUUUGUCAUAACUGGUAUUAGUUGUUGUUUCUAUGUAGAUCGUGGGCCGAUUCCUGUAAGGAAUUUUUUUUUUCCGCAUUUUGUAAUGUUGGUUUGAUUCACUCGACUGGAAUACGUGACUUUGGAUUAUUGUACCUACCUAUAACACAACCUUCAGCCGUCUUUAACCUAUUAGAUUUUGUGACUGUGUACAUUAAUAAUUCCUGCUUCAUUCCUCAUGGACCUGAGCCCUGAUUCCUGCAUUGAACAUCUUUCAGACAUGACUAUGCAUUCAUCAAAUGACAGGGUUUGUCUGGAUUUAUUGACGUUACUCAACGUGAUGGAGGGCAAAUGUUCGCUUUCGUUUCCGUUCCAGAAUGUAUUCCUGUCAGUUACAGAACAAACAAAGCUGAAUGUUGUAUGUAGUUCCAUAAAAGACAUUCAAUAAAAUGCUUUCAGUAACGAAUACAAAACCAAAUAUUUUAAUGCUGGCUGUCAAUCUAAAACAGAGCUUGCACUUUACAACCUGUAGCAUGUUAGCAGCUGUUUGCAGUUGUGUAUAAUCAUAAAUGUGUGUGUGCAAUAAUAUUGACAAUGCUGUAGAACUGAAACUAAUGUGUAGGAAGUAUUGCACUGUUUGCUUCCUGGUACUAAUUGGCUGCUCUUGGAAACAAAUCUAUUUUUUUUCUUAGCAACACAAAUGUGACGGCGAAUAUGUCCCUUCUAGUCUCUCCAGAGGAUUUGGAUGUGGUGUAGAAGUGUUGGGUUUCUGUUUGUAUAGUCUGAAAAGAUGUGAACUUGUUUUUGGCUCAGAUUUCUGUUGACGCUUCACUUUUUAACUUGCUGUGUGGGGAUUUCAAUAAAUAAAACUAGUGUUGAGUCUA